AAAUCAAUAUCGGAUGAAAUGAUGCAUCGCUCACGCAGUGAUCAGGCAGCCUACGACGAUGAGGCGGACGAAGAUCCGAGGCCCCGCAAACAGCGAAAACAGCGACCGUGUUAUAGUUGCGCAGAAUGUCGCAGACUAAAGAUGAGAUGCGAUAGACAAGAGCCAUGUGCCAACUGUAUUCGGCGACACCGGGUUGAAUUUUGCAUUGCUGCGACUGGUACAAAUUAUUCCCGCCAAAGUUCUAAUUGGCAUCAAAUGCCCCAGAAGGACACUGAACAAGCUGAACCCGAAAAUCGUCAGAACAUUUCACCUCACAAUGUCUUAGAGGAGCCCCAGGAAACCAACUCUGUGCAGCAGUCAGUUGACCACGACCUAAUCCAAGAUAAUCCCAACAACUAUAAUGAGUUCAAUCCCCUCCCCCUUAUCAACCACGCGUUUGAUCACUAUACCGUUCCCGAUGCGACUAGUAGUUCCGACAACCAACCUAGACAUUCUAUCGAUCAUGGCCGGCAGGGCGACUCCCACGGCACCUUGAUGUUAAGUACAAGAGGCAGAUCUAAGUACCUAGGUCCGACCGCAGGAAGCGAAUGGUUGAAGGAGUCAGAAAUGCAGGACGUACCGGACAGUCCAUUGAUGACCCGUGUGACAUCACCGGAACUACGGCAGGACCCAGCUCCCUCUCAGCCUAGCCUUUCAACAUCCUACACAACCUCGAUCGGCUUUCCUGUUAACGCCUCCCCGGCCCACAUUAGUACUCGACAUUUACUCUCAUGCCUACCUCCAAGAGAUGAGGCAUGGUCACUAGCAGAGUCGUAUUAUCGCUACUGUGCAUGGCAUCACGACGUCGCUCCUAGGCCUUCAUUUGAAAAGACAUUCGACCGAAUCUAUAAGCACGCAGAAAAAUAUCCCUCCUCUUCUCCUAUAAAUCCCCAGGAGAUCGCACUCGUUUACAUUAUCAUGGCUCUAGGAACAGUGUUUAAUAUCGAGAUGCCCAAUUAUGAUUCGUCUGCGGAAGAUUGGUUGCAUCUUUCGGAGCGGGCUUUGGUGAAAGGCGAUUUUUUAUCAAAUAACAUGGUCGCCGGUCUGCAAACUCUGCAUCUAAUGGCGCAUCUUCACCUAAUUUUGGAUAAAGGUCGACGCGGCGAUAAUGCCUGGCCACUAUGGGGUUUGGUCAUGCGUUUGAUUCAAGCGAUGGGUAUGCAUCGGGAUGGUGACCGCUGGAAUUUAUCGCGGGAUGUUGCUGAGGAAAGACGCAAGGUAUUCUGGGAAUGCCAUUCUGCAGACAUUUUCCAGGCACAUUGCUUCUCUAGGCCAUCCGCUAUUAAUCCCGACCAUUGCGAUACUGCAUUCCCAAGUGAAUCGCCCAAACUAACCGGCGAAAAGGGCUACUCAAUUCUCCGAUUUGAAUUAUCUCAACUGUCCUCCGAAAUACUUAACAUGGCGAUGAAGAUACGGAAACCAGCGUACUCCGAUGUCAUGGAUCUUGACCUUAGGCUCCGCGAGUUCGAACAAAAUAUUCCAUUCUCCCUUCGUUGCCGAGCGGCGCUUUUAGCCACUCCAUCUCGUUACCCCCAGCUUAGCGCAGCAAUCGAAGCGUCUCCAGAACCAUCUCGGAGGUCGUUAGCUAUUUCGUUUCAGCAAACCAAUCUUGCGCUGAAUGUCUCCGAGACGAUCAUUAACCUCCAUCGACCUUAUUACGCAAAGGCACUUUACGAGGUCGAUAGUAUUGAAUCCAUAUACAAAUCUUCGUUUUAUACUGUGAUUGAGCGUUGCGCAAUUAUAAUCAGUAUCGUUGCUGACAUCCACGCUCGCUUUCCAGCUGUCAGUACUAGACAGUGGAACUUUUGGUUCCAUGUAUUCAACUCCGCCUUGUGUUUGGGGACAUUACUGUUGCGCGAUCCGGGCAACGCCAUGGCUAGUUUUGUUCUCGCACAAAUUGAUGCCGCCAUCGAUCUAUUCACCUCGCUAAUCCAACACGGCGCUCGUACCCCUCGUUACAAGAGUAAUCUGCAGUGGCUCUUGAACCUGCGCACGAGAGCCUUGUCCAAGAUUCCCGACGCAUCUAUAGAUACGGACCGGCGAAGUCGCAGCGGACGCCACGACGAACAUAGAGAGCCUGAUGAAGAGGAUGUGGAGCUGCUUGGUUGGCGGACUAGACUUAUAGAGCGAGUAGGCCAUGGUCGUCAAAAGACCGUCACGACUAUCCACCGAACAAGUCCUCCGACAGGUACCCAAACGACAAAUACCAUGAGUUCGCCGUUGGACAGAAAUCAUCUCCAUAGUCAACAGGGAACUGCAGAUAUUGUAAUGCCCAGCACGGCACUAUCCGAGAUGAAUUGCGAGUCGACAAACGACAUUCUACGCGACUUCUGGGAUCCAAUGCUCCUACAGGAUGUUUUCGGUCCUCCCAAUGACCAGCCCGCUUUUCUCGUCAAUAGAAAUACAUGGUGGGACGACACUGCAGAUACUUCUUAAGAGUUGGGUUAAUUGAUGUUCGUAGCUUAAUCGAUGUGCGUGUUCUUGAAGUAGAAAUGAAUUUUUUCGUCGAUUGGUGAGGUUUCUGUAGCUAGUACGCACCUCCGGGCUAGGUACCAAGCGAAGGAACGU